AUGACCACCUUCACGCUCGGCCACCAGCUCAAGCUCGACUCGCUCGAGCACACCCAGCCUCACCUCGACCGCCUCCGCCAGCUCGGGCCCAACGUCGAGGAGGUCCGCUUUGGAGGCAACACGCUCGGCAUCGAGGCGUGCGAGGGUGUCGCAAAGGAGCUCGAGGACAAGCGCGAGUUGAGGAUCGCCGACUUUUCCGACAUCUUCACCGGCCGGCUCAUCACCGAAAUCCCCCAGUCCCUGCGCGCGCUGUGCACGUCGCUCCUCACGCUUCCGUUGUUGACGGAACUCGACUUGAGCGAUAAUGCGUUCGGUGGGAGGAGCGCGGAGCCUAUGCUCGACUUCAUCUCCUCCGCCCCCUCACUCGAGAUCCUCCGCCUGAACAACAACGGCAUGGGACCACAAGGAGGCGCGAUGAUCGCCGGCGCGUUGCUCGAGAACGCCAAGAAGGCGGAGAAGGAGGGCAGGAAGAGCAAGUUGAGGGUUUUGGUGUGCGGUCGCAAUCGCCUCGAGAACGGCUCAGCACCCGACUUCGCCGCCGCCUUUUCAGCCCUCACGACUCUCGAAGAAGUCCGGAUGCCGCAGAACGGGAUCCGAAUGGAAGGCAUCGAGGCGAUCGUCAAGGGCUUACAGAAGAACCCGAACUUGCAGUGGCUCGACUUGCAGGAUAACACGGCGACGGAGAAGGGAUCCAAGGCGAUUGCUGAGAGCUUGCCUUUCUGGCCCAAGUUGCGCAUCCUCAACCUCUCCGACUGCCUCCUCAGACCUCGCGGCGGCCUCUCAAUAUUCACCACCCUCCUCUCCGGCUCGAACCCCCUUUUGACCUCUCUCAAGCUCCAAUCCAACGAACUCGACACCCGCGCAAUCACCCAACUCGCAGCCGCCAUCGCCCUGCAUGGCGAACACCUGACUGACCUCGAGUUGAAUGGAAAUUACGGAGUUGAUGGGACGGAGGAGGAGUAUGAGAAGGUUAGGGAGGCGCUGGGGAAGUGGGAUCAUGAGGAUGCGUUGGACGAGUUGGAUGAGCUGGAGGAGCCUGAAGAGGAGGAGGAAGAAGAAGAGGAGGAGUCGGAGGAGGCGGCUGAGGCUGAGGAGGCAGAGAAGCCCGAAGUGAAGGAGGAGACGAAGGAGGAGAAGAAGGAGGAGGACGAGCUGGCGGGUCUGAUGGACAAGGUUCAUAUCGCAUAA